AGCAACAUGCAUAUCACUGCAGCUAAUACAAGUACCCUGGAGACUGGUUAUGUUCUGCACUCUCCUCUGGAUACUGCAUCUAAAUGAAAGUAAUAAGACGUUAUCAUUAGAGUGAGAGGUCAGCCUGUGUCCUGAAUGCUUUCUGCACCUGAACAAUGGAAGAAGAUUUCUUUGAGUCAGCUAUAACUUCUGGCAACUUCAAUGCCAGCUCACAAUGCAGUGUAAACAAGAACUUUACCUUUCGCUACUUAUCUUCAGUUUACAUCAUAGUCUUUGUUAUUGGUUUAUUGGGCAAUGGGUUCGGCCUGUGGAAUCUAUUUGUGAACUGGAAAAAAUGGACGUCUUUGAACGUAUUUGUGUGCAACCUUGGCAUUGCUGAUCUACUUUAUGUUGUCACCUUGCCCUUCUUUAUAUCCUACUACCUCAAUGAAGGAGUCUGGAAGUUCGGCUACGGUUUCUGCCGCUUUGCUCGCCUACUUUUCCACAUCAACAUGUAUGCAAGUAUCAGCUUCCUCAUGUGUAUCAGCGUGCAGCGUUAUCUGGGAAUAGUACACCCCAUGCAAAUGAUGGGGCGCUUCCAGAACCUGCGCUCGUCAUUUUACAUCAGCAUCCUCAUAUGGAUAUUGGUUAUUAUUCAGAUUCUACCAAACCUCCACUUUACAAAUGCAGUAAUAAACGCCACCUAUUGCCAUGACUCUACGAUUAAUGAGCUUUUAGGAUCCUACAAACCCUACACACUGACGAUCACCAUCACUGGCUUCUGCAUACCAUUUGUCAUAAUAGUGGCUUGUUAUACCCGCGUCCUUACCGUUCUGGCAAAAAACAAAAAUGUGGAUACAAACCUGAAAUCCAGGUACAUCAAAGUAGUCUUUAUCAUCCUGAUCCUGUUCGCAGUGUGCUUUUUCCCAUACUACAUCUUUCGGAACCUGAAUUUAUUUUCUAGGGUUUGGCAGCUCCAGGGGACAUGUACCCAGACUUUGAAGAACGUGUAUAUAUCUUAUCAAGUCAGCAGGGGACUGGCCUGCUUGAACAGUGCUAUUAACCCUUUGCUUUAUUUAGUGACCAAUGAAAACUUUGUUUCAAAAUUCAGGAACAUUCAGAAGAAAGCCUGGCACACAUUUCUUUAUGUGGGCAGAAAUCAGGCUCGCCAUAGAACUCUGAACAUGAUUGAAAUAAAGGAACAGGAGGAGAUAUCGGAGGAACUUUAACUGACUUGUGGUUCAGUAUUAUGACUUUUUAUUGUAGUGUUUAUAAAGUUGCUGACCAUCAUUGCAGUGUUAUUCUGAUGUUAGGCUGCCUGUAUUCUGUACUUUUCACAUAAAUACUAUAGAACGUAUUUAAUACUUAGUAAAAGAUUUAUACCUUCUCUUAAAGUAAAUAUCCUCUCAGCAACCAGAAAGGGUUAAUUUCAUGAGGUCUAAAUCUGGUGAUAGGUUGAACUGUUGCUUGAACUUUCCCCAAUAUAAUGAUAAUGGGGUCUACAGUAUGUACUAAGACUUUGAGAGAUAUAAAGUAGAGAGAAAUGACUAACCAAACAGCUCUUGUCAUUUUUCUAGCACCACCUGUAACACGCCUGUUAGCAGCUGAUUGGUAGGUACAAAACUCUCUCCACUUUAUAUCUCUCUGAGGCUAGUACUGUAUAUAGACCCCAAUAACUGGAAAGAGGUUUAAGAUCAGCAUAUUGACACUUGCAUUCAAUAUUGGUACCAAGUUCAAAUAUCCUAUUGUACAGCUGUGCUUACUCAUUUACACUGAAGCCACCUUACUAAGUACACAACUGUAGAUAAUGUGAAACCAUAAUAUUCUCCUCCUUCUUUUGUUAUAAGCCACACGGUACAAGCAAUCAGCUUAUUGACACUACACAGAAUCAGUCAUUAUACAUCCUCUGAUGAUCAUUCCUUUUUAGGAAAAAUGAAACAUUUGCAGCUGAAACACUCAGAAUCUGGCAGCCGGUGUUCUGGAUGCAUUCAUUGAUAAGUACUACUGAAUGUGCAUAUUAGCUCUUGUUAUUUCUUGUAACAAAGAAAAAUAAUACAUGGCUUAAACAGGA